CGCGUGUCCCGAGCAGCUCCAGGUGCUUUGCGCCGCCAUCCUGCGAGAGAUGUCCCCCUCCGACAGCCUCAGCCUGGUCUGGGACCACACCCAGAACAGCCGGCAGCUGAGCCUGGUGGCCUCCGUGCUCUUGGCCCAGGGACCCACAGUCUCACUGUGUUGCCCAGGCUGGUCUCGAACUUCUGGGUAGCAGCCCUCCCUCCUCGGCCAGGAGUUUUUGCCAAGUCCAUGUCCUCCCUCCCUCUGUGGUGAGCAGGCCUGGUUGCUCGGCGUGGGGAUCCAGGGGUUCGCAGGCUGUCUGUGGGCAUGGGUUGCCAGGGGUGCAGAGUCUGCUGGAAGGUUGCGGUGGAGCCGGGGUUUUCCCUCCGUUCCCAGCCUGCAGUGUCAUGAGCCGCCUCCCGUGCUGGGUGCAGCCUGCGGUUGCUUUAGUUCUGUGUGGGCGAGAGCUUGUGGGCCGCAGCCUACCCAGGGCGUCCUGGUUGGUGCCCAGCCCCCUCACCUCACAGAGCCCCUGCAGGCCACCUCCAGGCCUCCGAGAUGACCCCGGUAAUGCUGUGGUGGCUCCUCGCCUUUGGAACAAGAUGACUCCGGCUCUUCUUGUUCAUUUCACCAACCCUUUUCCUCAUGCAACUUUCAUUUUUUUUUUAGUGGAAGAUGAUCUUGCAAAACUGCUGCCAGGCACCAGCGGUGCAGCCCCUGCCAGGCACGUGGCCUCCCAGCCACCAGGCGCCCUCCUCCCUCCCCUGACGGCCCUGCCCCUGUGCUGGCUGUCUCUGGUGCUGCUCAGAUGUUUCAGCAUCUGCGUGUGCGGAAUGAGGCGGGCGGUUUAAAGACUGGGACUCCACACUGGAGGCCCCGCAGGAUGGGGUGUCCUGUGGCUGUGACCAGGCCCAUGGUGGCCGCCAUUGUGUUUUUAGCAUUGAAUCAACCAUGCCCCUACCCAGGCCCCCUCCAGCCUCAGCGAUGCAGCUCCCAGGGAAAGAGGUUGGAGGUGGAGCAGGCACCUUGCGGUCCUGGGUGGGCCUGGGCGUGGCAUCCUCCCUGCCACCUGCUGGGCUGGGGGAUCAGGGACCGAUGGUUCUCAGGAGUGUCACACAGACUUCCGAAAUUGGGGGAGCUGGUCUCCGGCACAGGCCAGUACCCCAGCGCUUGCCCUGUCUGAUUUGAAGGGUGACAGAAACGAGGAGGUCAGUGCUGUGGGCCAGGGCGUGCUGCGAGCACUGGAGAGCCGGCAGCCUGAGGGGCCCAGCCUCAGAUACCUCCUCCCCAUCAUGGCCAAGGUCGUGGUCCUCAGCCCGGGCACCCUCCAGGAGGACCAGGCCACCCUGCUCAGCAAGCGGCUGGUCGACUGGCUGCGCUACGCUAGCCUCCAGCAAGGGCUCCCGCACUCCAGCAGCUUCUUCUCCACGCCCAGGGCCCGGCAGCCGGGCCCCAUCACCGAGAUGGACGGGGCGGUGGCCACAGACUUCUUCACGGUGCUCUCCACCGGCCACCGCUUCACGGAGGACCAGUGGCUGAACGUGCAGGCCUUCUCCAUGCUGCGGGCGUGGCUGCUGCGCAGUGGCCCUGAGGGCCUGGGCACCCUGGACACAGAUGACAGGUCAGAGCAGGAGGGCUCCACGCUGUCGGUGAUCUCCGCCACCUCCUCCUCCGCCGGCCGCCCGCUGCCGCCCCGGGAGCGGCUUCGGGAGGUGGCCUUUGAGUACUGCCAGCGCCUUAUUGAGCAGAGUAACCGACGGGCCCUGAGGAAGGGGGACUCCGACCUGCAGAAAGCUUGCCUGGUGGAGGCUGUGCUGGUGCUGGACGUGCUGUGCCGGCAGGACCCGUCCUUCCUGUACCGAAGCCUCUCCUGCCUGAAGGCCCUGCACGGGCGGGUGCGUGGGGACCCGGCCUCUGUGCGGGUGCUGCUGCCCCUCGCCCGCUUCUUCCUGAGCCACGGGGAGGCAGCUGCAGUGGACUCGGAAGCCGUCUACCAGCACCUGUUCACCAGGAUCCCGUUGGAGCAGUUCCACGGCCCUAUGCUGGCCUUUGAGUUCGUCCAGUUCUGCAGGGACAACCUCCACCUGUUUGGCGGGCACCUCAGCACCCUCAGAUUGAGCUUCCCCAACCUCUUCAAGUUCCUGGCCUGGAACAGCCCACCCCUCACCUCCGAGUUUGUGGCGCUCCUCCCGGCCCUGGUGGACGCCGGCACGGCCCUGGAGAUGCUACACGCGCUGCUGGACCUGCCCUGCCUGACGGCGGUGCUGGACCUGCAGCUCAGGUCAUCGCCGGCUCCAUCCGAGAGGCCACUCUGGGACACCUCUGUCCGGGCCCCCAGCUGCCUGGAAGCCUUCCGGGACCCGAAGUUCCAGGGACUUUUCCAAUAUCUGCUGCGCCCCAAGGCCAGCGGCGCCACCGAGAGGUUGGUGCCGCUCUACCAGCUGCUGCAGCCCAUGGCCGGCUGCGCCCGCGUGGCCCAGUGUGCCGAGGCCGUGCCCACGCUGCUGCAGGCGUUCUUCUCAGCGGUGACCCAGGUGGCUGACGGGGCCCUGAUCAACCAGCUGGCGCUGCUGCUCCUGGGCAGGAGCGACUCACUCUAUCCGGCCCCGGGGUACGCGGCCUGCGUACACAGUGUGCUGAGUUCCCAGUUCCUGGCCCUGUGUAUGCUGAAGCCCUCCCUGGUGGUGGAGCUGGCAAGAGACCUGCUGGAGUUCCUGGGCAGCGUGAACGGCCUCCGUAGCAGGGCGAGCCUCGUCACCAGCGUGGUGUGGGCCGUCGGCGAGUACCUAUCCGUGGCCUACGAUCGGAGGUGCACUGUGGAGCAGAUCAACAAGUUCUUCGAAGCCCUGGAGGCCCUGCUGUUCGAGGUCACCCAGUGCCGCCCCUCUGCUGCCCUGCCCAGGUGUCCCCCCAAGGUGGUCACCGCGCUGAUGACCACACUGACGAAGCUGGCCUCCCGGAGCCAAGACCUGAUCCCCAGGGCCUCUCUGUUGCUGUCAAAGAUGAGGACCCUGACUCAGAGUCCAGCCACCAGCUCCAUGCACGGCGAGGAGGGUGCGGAAGCCAUCUGCACCCGGGCCACGGAGCUGCUGACCCUGCUGAAGAUGCCCAGUGUGGCUCAGUUUGUGCUCACGCCCAGCACGGAGGUGUGCAGCCCCCGAUACCACCGCGAUGUCAACACGGCCCUGCCCCUGGCCCUGUGCACGGUCAGCCGGCUGGUGGAGAGGGAGACCGGCCUCCUGCCGGGAUGAAGGGACAGCGGACAGGGACGCCGGUGCAGAUUAAGAGGGCGAGGGAGUCCUGGGAGAGGAGGCAAGGCCCAGGGUGCCCUUGGCACCCUCAGACCCGUGGGGCUGGUCCCUGCUCACCCUCUGGGCUUUGUUUCUCUCUCCGGCAACGCUGAGCUGAACUGGAGCCAUGGAGCGGCUCUGAUUGGAGGCUGAGGCUGUGGAGGCUGAGGCCCUGUGGCCGGGCUGGGUGGAGGCUGCCGGGGGUGUUUCCUAGUCUUUGUUUUUGGACAGUUUAGGGGCAGAAAGAGCUGCAGUAAAAAUAAAUCUCCUUUAAUAAGCG